GGUUGAUUCGGUCGGUUAACAAAUUUGAUCCCAUAGAGAUCGUCUUCUCUGCAAAAGUCGACGUUGCCGUGCUCAGUGCUCACCCAUCGAUUUCCAUUCGUCGGUUUCUCGGAAUUGCAUCUUCUUCUUCUUCACUCCGCUCUCCUGGCCCGAUUUUCAGAUAUUUAGAUUUGCUCAUCCUCUACCGUAGUCGAAAUCAGGGAAGAUGGGGGUGUCGCCGAAAAUCGCUCCGUCGAUGCUGUCUUCUGACUUUGCAAAUCUAGCGGCAGAGGCCAAGCGGAUGAUCGAUUUGGGAGCCAACUGGCUUCACAUGGACAUUAUGGACGGGCAUUUUGUUCCGAAUCUAACGAUUGGUGCUCCUGUCAUCGAGAGUUUGAGAAAGCACACAAAUGCAUAUCUUGACUGCCACCUAAUGGUGACGAACCCGAUGGAUUACGUGGAACAGAUGGGCAAAGCUGGGGCUUCUGGUUUCACAUUCCACGUUGAGGUCGCCAAAGAGAAUUGGCAAGAACUUGUGAGGAAGAUUAAGUCUGCUGGGAUGAGGCCAGGUGUGGCUCUAAAGCCUGGAACACCUAUUGAAGAAGUCUAUCCUCUGAUUGAAGGGACAACUCCGGUUGAAAUGGUUCUUGUGAUGACAGUGGAGCCUGGAUUUGGAGGCCAGAAGUUCAUGCCCAACAUGAUGGACAAGGUCCGGGCAUUAAGGAACAAGUACCCAACACUUGAUAUUGAGGUCGACGGUGGUUUAGGCCCUUCGACGAUCGACGCAGCGGCUGCAGCCGGGGCCAAUUGUAUUGUCGCCGGAAGUUCAGUGUUUGGAGCUCCGGAGCCAGGGGACGUUAUAUCCCUUUUGAGAGCCAGUGUUGAGAAAGCUCAAGCCACCACUUGAGUUAUGCACCCAACAAGGCACUGGUUUUUAAGAUAAUACUACUCUCUUACGAGCAUUAAUUGUGAUUGUGUUUGUGAUGGAAACGAAAACAUGAAUCUAUGAAGAGAAUUAGAUGAAUGAAAUAAAGACUUCAUAA